AUGUCAAGCACUCAUAUCAGGCACAAGCACUCGUGCCCUUCUAUGUCUGUUCAACUGCUGUCUCAUCUCCAGUGGGGCUCAGACGAGAGUGGCAAGGGGAGGCCUUCUUCGUCACUUCAGGCUCACACCAAGGACGCCUUUAGAUGCCUAACCAAAGAGCUGGAUGCCUGCGCCAUGAACCUAGAGAUGACAAUGGACAGUAUUGGCAGUUUGCAUGGUGGGAGCAGCCAUGAGCAGGAUCUGAUGAGCAGCCACAGCCCUCACCACCACCACCACCACCACCGGAGGAUCCACCAGGAGCUGUCCAAUCCGUCGUCUAGGUCUGCGAUGGUCUCCAGCAUGGCUUCCAUCCUGGAUGGGACUGGGGACUACCGUCCCGAGCUGUCUAUCCCUUUGCACCAUGCCAUGAGCAUGCCCUGUGACUCCUCACCACCUGGGAUGGGCAUGAGCAGCACCUACACCACCCUAACGCCACUCCAGCCAUUGCCCCCUAUCUCCACCGUGUCUGACAAGUUCCACCACCCUCAUCACCAUCCCCACCAUCACCACCACCAUCACCACCAGCGGCUCUCUGGCAACGUCAGUGGCAGCUUCACCCUCAUGAGGGAUGACAGGGGUAUCCCCUCCAUGAACAACCUGUACAGCCCCUACAAGGACAUGACUGGCAUGGGGCAGAGCUUGUCCCCCUUGACAGGCAACGGUUUGGGCUCCAUCCACAACAGCCAACAGAGCCUGCACAACUAUGGACCACCUGGGCACGACAAGAUGCUCACUCCAAACUUUGAUGCCCACACUGCCAUGCUGGCAAGAGGCGAUCAGCACCUCGCCAGGGGGCUGGCUACCCCUCCCUCUGCCAUGAUGUCUCACCUCAAUGGGAUACACCAUCCUGGCCACCCAGGUCAUGCUCAAUCUCACGGGCCCGUGUUGACUUCCAACCGUGACAGGCCACCCUCCUCCUCUGGGUCCCAGCUGAGCAACUCUGGACAGUUGGAAGAGAUUAACACCAAAGAAGUGGCGCAGAGAAUCACAGCCGAACUCAAAAGGUACAGCAUCCCCCAGGCUAUCUUUGCCCAGAGGGUGCUGUGCCGGUCGCAGGGUACCCUCUCAGACCUUCUAAGGAACCCCAAACCUUGGAGUAAACUGAAAUCUGGCAGGGAGACCUUCAGGAGGAUGUGGAAGUGGCUGCAAGAGCCUGAAUUCCAAAGAAUGUCAGCUCUCAGGCUUGCAGCUUGCAAACGCAAAGAACAAGAACCGAGCAAAGAUCGAAACAACAGUCAGAAGAAAUCCCGGCUGGUUUUCACAGACCUCCAACGCAGAACACUGUUUGCCAUCUUCAAGGAAAACAAGCGUCCAUCCAAAGAAAUGCAGAUCACUAUUUCUCAGCAGUUGGGUUUGGAACUCAAUACAGUCAGUAACUUCUUCAUGAAUGCCAGGAGACGGAGCUUAGAAAAAUGGCAGGACGAUUUAAGUACAGGGGGAAGCUCAUCAAACUCCAGCACUUGUACCAAAGCAUGA